AUGUCGAGGUCACCAACAGAUACUCUUAUAUUGACGGGCUUGGAGGAGGAUCUCCUUAACGACCCAAAACCCAUAAUACAAUUUUUGGCUCAAAAGAAGCGAGAGAUUGAGUUUAUCACGUUACCUAAGUUCGGUAGAAUCCUAUUGCUCUGCGCUUCUAAAAUUGAAGCUGAGAUAACAUACCAAGACUUAAAGGACAGCAACUAUGGCACGCAGUUCAACAUAUCAUACAGCAUUAAGGACAAUGACACUUUAAUAAGGUCAACGGCCACCACAUCGGAUGAGUUUGUAGAAUAUCUCGAGUUGCCGCUGGAACAUGGCAGCAAGCGAUUUUUAAUUUCUCCGCCUCUAUCUCCACCCCCAGAAUGGGACCACUGGCAGAAGGCUGAGGAAGGCCCUAGCAAACAAACACUACAUUCUGCAGAAGAGCUUUCCCAUUUACUUUGGGAGAGAUUGGGACAUCGAGAUGAAAGUGAAGAUAGAGUCAGGAAGUAUGAACCUGAAGAUAACGAUCCGCAAAAAACGACUAAUAAGCAAGAAAGUGUGGUACAUGACUUGAAGGUGGAUCCUGAGGUGUUGUUCAGAGAUAUCGACAACGGUGUUCCCGCGAUCAUCCUCGAUAGCGUGAAAACCAACAAUGAAACCACACCCAAAAGGAUAGUAUGCAAGACAGCUAUGCCACCGCCGCUCGAAUAA